CGGCAACACCACACCUCCCAGCGUGAUUGGCUGUUCUCCCUGUAAGCUCUUUUUCCCUACUGAGGUGAAGGUGAAACUCGCUUUGUGGUCGCGAUGUCACUCUUCAGCACUCGCACUCAGAUCUGCCGGCGGCUGGCACACAAGUAUGUGGCCAGGACUUACACCUCACGCCCUACUCUCAAUGAAGUUGUCAUUGUCAGUGCAGUCCGUACCCCUAUAGGGUCGUUUAAGGGCAGUCUCUCGUCGCUUCCUGCAACCAAGCUGGGCUCUAUCGCCAUUAAAGGAGCGAUCGAGCAGGCAGGAAUUCCACUAGAGGAGGUGAAGGAGGUCUACAUGGGCAAUGUGCUGCAGGCGGGUGAAGGGCAAGCUCCAACACGACAAGCACUUCUCGGCGCUGGUCUUCCUCUGUCCACUCCAGCGACGACAAUUAACAAAGUCUGUGCCUCAGGCAUGAAGUCCAUCAUGAUGGCUGCUCAGAGUCUAAUGUGUGGGCACCAGGAUGUGAUGGUAGCAGGCGGCAUGGAGAACAUGUCUCAGGUUCCUUACAUAUUGGCGAGAGAGACUCUUCCGUACGGCGGGGUCAGGAUGGAGGACCUCAUCGUGAAGGACGGCCUUACGGAUGUGUACAACAAAUUUCACAUGGGGAACUGUGCAGAAAAUACAGCCAAGAAAAGCAGCAUUUCCCGAGAGGAGCAGGACGCCUAUGCAAUUAACUCAUACACACGCAGCAAAGCAGCAUGGGAGUCCGGAAUCCUGGCCAAAGAGGUGGUUCCAGUCAGCAUCCCUCAGAAGGGAAAGCCGGAUAUUGUAGUUAAAGAGGAUGAAGAAUGGAGAAAGGUGGAUUUUAGCAAAGUGCCCAAACUAAAGACCGUCUUCCAGAAAGAAAACGGCACGGUGACGGCAGCUAACGCUAGCACGCUGAACGACGGCGGGGCUGCGAUCGUCCUCAUGACCGCAGACGCAGCAAAGAGACUUAACGUCACACCACUGGCGAGGAUUGCAGCGUUUGCUGACGCUGCCGUGGCUCCUAUCGACUUCCCGAUCGCUCCGGCCUUCGCUGUACCCAAGGUGCUGAGCGCGGCCGGUGUAAAGAAAGAGGAUGUAGCCAUGUGGGAAAUAAACGAGGCGUUCAGCGUGGUUGUUCUGGCCAACAUUAAGAUGCUGGACAUCGACCCGAGCAAAGUGAACAUCAACGGUGGUGCAGUGUCUCUCGGCCACCCUAUUGGAAUGUCUGGGACGAGGAUAGUCGGACACAUGGUGCACCAUCUGCAGCCUGGGCAAUACGGCCUGGCGGGCAUUUGCAAUGGUGGGGGCGGAGCCUCGUCUGUUCUCAUCCAGAAACUGUAGCUGUAGAUCUGUUGAGCUCUUUUUCAAUUUAACAUCGACAGGUCAAAUUACCAGACAGUACAACUCCAACUCUAUACGGUUACAAUCACUCCAGAAUAGGUCACUCCCUCUGUCAGCAUCAGAGAAAUAUUUAAUCUGUCUUUUUGUUUUUGUCGAACAUUUGAAAUUCUUCAUCAAGUAACAUAUAUUUAAGAUUAGCUUUAUUUAAAGAGUCUGAUUGUGUUUUCCGGUGUAGAGGUUAUUUAAAAAAUGCUGAUGCAAUAAAAGGUCAUUAAUU